AAAGUGGGCCGGCUGACAGGCGGGAACAAGCCGUCGCGGCUUUUGGCUUCCCCUCGUCAAAGCUUCACUUCUCUUUUCGCGCGCACAAAGCGAGACGGCGUGAAAGCGCAGCCGCCGCCUUGCUAGCCAGCGGAGCCGCAGACGGACUUGGGCCGCGUCCGCCUUGGGGAACAGAGAGCGCGCAAGUACUCGGCGCAAUCUGGGUUUUGCAGUCAUUUCACAGCGCUGGCACCGAUCCGGCCCACUCGUAUCUCAAGCAUCCGCGCGUUUCUCCGCCGCCGGCGUGCGCAGUCAAGAGCGGUGAAGAUGCGGCACCGCUUGGUGCCCUUGCUGGCCGUGCUGUGCGCCGCGGUUGCCGCGUGCGGCCGCGACGAAUACGAGCCGGGGGACGGCGACGAGGCCUUUUGCAGCUGGACGUGCGCCAUCUUCACGCUGCAGUGGCCCGGAGGCUUCUGCCAGUCUUUGGACAACGCUUCUCUCUGCCAGAUUCCCCAGCGCGUCAGCACCUGGAUGAUCCACGGCCUGUGGCCGAUGAAUGUGCGGGAAUGCUGCGGGUGCUGGCCCAUGUUCCUCUCCGACGUGCAGGAGCUGCGGGAGGCGCUGGAAAACCGCUGGCCGUCUUUGUUGAAAAGUCGAUCCGGCUUCCAUUUCUGGAGAGACGAGUGGGAGAAACACGGCGCGUGCGCGGCGUGUGUGGAAGGCCUGAAUUCUCCGCUCAGAUACUUCCAGACUUGCCUCAAACUUCGACAAUACUUCGACCUGCACAAAGUCCUGGAGGGGGGCGGGAUCAGGCCUUCCUGUGAUCGAACUUACAAGCUGACUGAGGUUCAGGAUGUGCUUUUUCCUCUCGUUGGUGACAAGUGCGAGAUUCAGUGCGUCAAAGACGAGCAGGAGCGCGAGGUUUGGUUUCAGGUGAAGAUCCUUCUGUCUCGCAACUUGACCGUCGGCUGCCGCGGCCACGGCGCCGAGCGGGCGGCGAGGGCCUCCACAGGCCACCCCUGCCCGGCCCGGGGAACCUUCUACUUCUUGCCCAUCAACCACGAGCGCCCGCUGCGGCCCUGCGGGUGACCUCUGGGCUGCCGAUGCGUCGUCGCUAAAACGUGGCCACAACCUGCUAACUCAACAUUCCAAUGUCAUCACAUUUCGCAUCAAAAGCUGCGAUUGGCCCCCGUUCAUGCCAUUCAUCCAGAGCUGAGGCCUUCAAACUCACUCUCGUCACCCCCCCCCCUUUAUUCGCUUGCUAUUUUUCUGUUCUGUCAUUGGCCUACUUUUGUAAUCGAUGAAGGGCAACUUUUAGCACUUACGUGAUUAGAUAGACAAGUCAGGCGAUUCCUGCUGCAAUCUCAUGCAAAGAAAUGAUUUGAACACAAUCUGAUGUGGCCUGUUUCAUACUUUAUUGACGUCAUCGGGGGGGGGGGGGGGGGGGGGCGCGCGC